AUGCGUGAAAGCAAAGUGCAGGAGAAGAAGCGUGCUCACAAUGAGAAGAGAUCCAACGAACUUGCUAGAGUGAAGUUUAUACAAGAUGUGAUCAAGAGCGAUAGUUUUAAAGACAAGAAGAAUUUUAGUUACGAGGAAGCUGCUGUCUUUAUUGAGCAGUUUAUCAACCGUGAUGAUCCGGAAUUAGAACAGUUUAAGAAGAAGCAACGUAGUAAUAGACCCACUCCAAACAGACAGUUGCUUCUAGAACAGAAAAAGAAACUUGAAAUGGAAGAGUUCAAGAAAGGUUUCCUAUGUCCUGACUUGGCAGACGAACAAAGUGUUGUUUUCCUAAGGAACUGGAACGGUACCUUUGGUGCCAUGAGUACCUUCAAGAUGAUUAGAAUCAAUAAUGAGGGUAAGCAAGUGGUCGGUGGCCAUAACAAGUUUACAGGUUCCGAAAACAAUGAAAUUGAAAUGGCAUAA